CUUAUAUGUUUUUUACCUUAUUAUAAUCACCGUGGCCAGCAUGGAUACCAAUGUGCAACCACCACAGGGGCCCAAAUUAAUGUUCAUGGUUGAAUGGCUCAAUUCUGUAUACUGUGUUUCGGUUGGUGUUGAUGCAACACUUUGGGAUUUCAAGGAGAAGAUUAUGGUGGUGACCUCUGUGCGUGCAAAUGACCAACAACUUGUGCAUGGAGGAACACGGCUAUCCGGGAAUGAUCGUCCAGUGAGAUCUUUUGGAAUAACUGGCCGUAUAACUCUCCAUAAGAAAAUUCAAGUUACUGUGAAACAUGCCGGCGGUGCUCCUGUUUCUAUAGCAGUCCACAGUGGCAUGACGGUGAGGCAGCUGAAACGGAAGGCCAUCGACACUCUUGGCCUUGUCUUUAAUGAGAAUUACAUUCUUAAACGACGGGGACACGGAGAUCAUUUGGCACUGGAUGAUAAUUCGACUUUGGCGGCAGCCAAUGUUAACAAUGGUUGUGCUUUGGAACUUGUACUUAUUAAUAAUUAGGAAAAUAUGAAUAAUGAUCCUCCCUAGUAGGAGU